AGUGAAAAGCCGUUAUCAUUUAGAGAGUUGAUUGGUGGUCGGAAAGAUGCGUGGUCUAUGGGACGCUGUGCGACUCGUGCCGCGUCUCCGCCGCUCGUCCCUGCUCGAGCUACCGUGCCAGCGUCUUCCCGUCUCUCUCUUGCAGCAUGACACGCUAUAUCAGCGUCGGUCGUUCACUACAGGUGAAGACGCUGGGAUAUCUCGCCGUCAGUACAUCAGUCUGUACAACUACACACCACUAGACAAGAAGAAAUUGCCCAAGCUUCGGAGGGAUAUGCGUGAACAAUGGGGGGAUCUUGGUGUUGUUGGGCGUAUUUACAUUGCAGAGGAAGGCAUCAACGGCCAGUUGGUGGUGCCUGAACCAGCGGUAAACGCCUUUGGGCAUUCGUUCCCUAGACUUCUUAGGGAUGCCAAACUCUUCUACGGCCAGUUAAUAGAGGACAAGCCAAGAAAUACGGAGGAAAUAAAGCCUGCCGAGCCAUUCCACAAGCUCGACAUCCGUAUUCGAGACCAGAUUCUGCACGAUGGAUUCGAGGGAGGACCGCUGGAUCUACAGGAGUCGGGCUAUUCAUUGCCGCCUGAGCUGUGGCAUCAGAAGCUCCAGGAGAGGAACGAAAUGGACGACUCGAGCACACUAGUGCUGGAUGUACGCAACUUCUACGAGCACGAGAUUGGACGCUUUGACGGAGCCACGAGGAUCAUGGUCGACACUUUCAGAGAUACAUUCGAUGCUCUGGAUGAGAUCCUCGACCAGCACGAGAAGGAACACGAUGGACAGAAACCCAAGGAGGUCAUGAUGUACUGCACCGGAGGUAUUCGCUGUGAGAAGGUUGGCGCGUAUCUGACCCAGUACAAGGGCAUCUCGAACGUGCAGAAACUUCACGGCGGUAUCGUGAACUACAUGCGGUUUCUGAAGGAGCAACGUCAGGCUGCAAUGGAUGCGCGUGGUCACUCGGAUGAUGCAGUAGAAGAGGAGUUUUCUCUGUUCAAGGGCAAGAAUUUCGUGUUUGAUCAGCGAUGCGUAGGUGAGUUGACAGAGUCAGAGGAGGUGACAGACGACGUACUAGGCCGGUGCUUCCAAUGCGGUGAACCUUGCAACCACCACACCAACUGCAGCAACUUGAUGUGUCACGGAUUGAUCUUGCAGUGCUCAAACUGUGCAACUACCAUGUUGGGAGCAUGCAGUGAAGCUUGCAAACACGAAUAUGUCAAGAUGGAAUCCAUGACUCCGGAUGAACAGCGUAAUUACAGGAAGGCCAACGCUCUCAAGUGGAAACCCAAGAACCCCAACUCCUUAAAGUACAUCAAAUUCCGACCAGCUUCUCCCGAGUUACUGCAGGAAGCCUAGAGAUUCAUGAUACCAAAGUGAUGAAUAUUGAGUUUUGAUGAAGCUCCCUUCAACGACUAACCUACGGGCUUUAAACAAGUUCGCUCAGUAUGCUCGACUUCGACCUCGCCAGCGCUUGUAGGGUGGCUCGUUAGUACCAUUCUGUCGGAUAUUCUUCGCCGCCUCUGCUGCACGCUUUUUGUUUGCUUCCUCGUCGCGACGCAUCUCGUACUGUUGCCUAAUCUCAGCCGUCUUCACGGGGUCGUGGUGCAGAAUAUCAUACCCGAAGCUCGCGGGUGGCAAUCUCUUGACCAAGUUGCUGUCUGGCUGGAUAAUCGUGCCCAAAAUGCUACCGGGAAGUGCGUUGAACUUGCCGUGGCGAUAGAUUUCGUUCUGUAAUACCUGUCGGGCGUAGUCAAACGAUCGCUUUACCGUUCGCAUCUCGUACGAGUUCUUGCCGAUGUCAAGACUCGGCUCGUUCGGGUUCUCCAUCGCGAUCAAAUACGGACGUCCAUCAUCGUACCAGCGGUGGUCUUCCUUGAGAAAAUAUGACCCACCAUUUCGCACGGAGAUGCCAAGUUCCGUGUAGUUAAAGUCGCGUCCAUACAGCGUGAAAAAGCCCACUAAUAACUGUCCCAAGUUGUUAAACUUGGGGUCGUCGUGUUCAGCACCCAGUGCACGUCCAUUGUGCUGUAAAAAGCUAACCACCAUCAUCUGUAGAAGAAAAGAACCCACGCCACCCGAGUACGUCUCGUUCAGUCCUCGUUGCGCCAUAAAGUACUUGAGCACGAGCGUCAGAG